CACCGACGCGGUGCGGAACCGAAACCGGGCCAAUAAUUUUUCUGUUCUUCCUCCUCUUCUUCUUCUUCCGAUUCGAUCAUUUUUGCCGUCGUCUGUCUCUCUCUUCCUUCUUCUCUUCCCAUCAGCUCCGUUCUGUUCUGUUCUGUAAACCGAAAGUGAGAGAGAGAGAGAGCAAAUCUCUCUCCAGAUCUCAAUCGUACCCAUCACACUCACACUCCCCACAUGUCUCACAGAGCUCAGCUCUGCUGCUGCACCAAAUCCUUGGCCCUUUGAUCCACUCCCUUUGAGAGAAGAAAGACCCGCGACGCCCCCGCCGCAGCUGAAAUGGCAGUCCCUUUGAGAGGUGGAGGCGGAGGCCGAUCGGCUUUCGGGGGUUCCGGCGGCCUUCGGAGCUUCUUCUCCUACCGGAUUUUCAUCUCCGCCGUGUUCUUCCUCCUCUUCCUCGCCACCCUCUCCGCUCUCUUCACCUCGCAUCACGACUCGGUGCUCCCUUCGAGCGGGAAUACAUAUGUCCAUCACACAUAUAUGGCAUUGAACUCUGACCCUUUAAAGACCCGAUUAGACUUGAUAUAUAAGCAAGCAAAUGAUCACAUUACCCUCAUAAAUGCCUAUGCUGCUUACGCCCGAAAGCUUAAGCUGGAUAUUUCGAGACAAUUGAAACAGUUCGAUGACUUGGCUAAGAACUUCUCUGACCUGUCAACAAAGCCCAACUAUCGGGCUUCAUUGUUCGAGACUCAAGGGGCAGUGGAUGAGGACGUGUUGAGGCAGUUCGAGAAGGAGGUCAAGGAUAGAGUGAAGAUUGUGCGAUUAAUGAUUUCGGAGUCGAAGGAGAAUUAUGAUAACCAGUUGAAGAUACAGAAGCUGAAGGACACUAUCUUUGCCGUUAACGACUUGCGUGUCAAGGCAAAGAAGAAUGGGGCUUUUGCAAGCGCAAUUGCCGCCAGGUCAACACCCAAGAGUUUGCAUUGCCUCGCGAUGCGACUGGUUGGAGAGAGGAUUGCAAACCCUGAAAAGUACAAAGAUGAAGAACCAGAUCCUGAGUUUGAGGACCCAACUCUGUACCAUUAUGCCAUUGCUUCAGAUAAUGUAAUAGCAGUUUCAGUUGUGGUGAAUUCCGUGAUAAAGAAUGCAGAAGAGCCAUGGAAGCAUGUUUUUCACAUCGUUACAGAUAGGAUGAAUGUUGCGGCAAUGAAGGUCUGGUUCAAGAUGAGGCCUGUUCAGGGAGGUGCCCGUGUGGAGAUCAAGGUGAUCGAGGACUUCCCAUUCUUAAAUGCCUCGUACGUGCCAGUCCUGAGGCAGUUGGAGUUCGCCAAAUUUCGAACUCUUAAGAUCGGGGGAGAAAAUUCCUCCAGUGCUAGCAUGAAUUCUAAGAACUCCAAUAAUUUGUCUAUGCUGGACCAUCUGCAAUUCUAUUUGCCCGAGAUGUACCCAAAGCUACACAAGAUCUUGUAUUUGGAAGAUGAUGUGGUGGUUCAAAAGGAUUUAACAGGGCUCUGGAACAUUGAUAUGAAUGGGAAGGUGAAUGGGGCGGUUGAAACCUGCUUUGGGCCCUUUCACCGGUAUGCCCAGUACUUGAAUUUCUCGCAUCCUCUCAUCAAGGAGAAGUUCAACCCUAAGGCUUGUGCAUGGGCUUAUGGGAUGAACAUAUUCGAUCUUGAUACGUGGAGGCGUGAUAAAUGCACUGAGGAGUACCACUACUGGCAGAAUCUGAAUGAGGACUGGACCCUGUGGAGUUCGGGUACUCUUCCCCCGGGGCUGAUGACCUUCUACUCAACAACAAAGUCUCUAGACAAAUCGUGGCAUGUGCUUGGGCUCGGGUACAAUCCUGGUAUCAGCAUGGAUGAGAUCAACAAUGCCGCAGUCAUCCACUACAAUGGGAACAUGAAACCUUGGCUCGAUAUUGCUCUGAACCAGUAUAAGAGUCUAUGGACAAAAUAUGUGGACAACGAUAUGGAGUUCGUGCAGAUGUGCAAUUUUGGCCUUUAGGAGAGAGCUGCUUCCCCCUGUUAACACUCAGGUAAAACAUCGCAUCAGAAUGCAAAUUUUGCUGGUUCUGUUUCUGGAGCCGAUGGCUGCAACUUCUAGGCGAAACUCAACGAUGUUUCUCAUUCUUUACCUGGCAAAUGUGCUCGACACAAACAUUCUUUAAAUUAGUUGAUCAAUUAUCAUCAGAAAAUUGUAAUCAAAUAGAUUGGUGUUUUGUACAUUUGGAAUUGAUUAUUUGGAUCAAGCUAUUUGUCAUUGUCAAGCAAAUUAUUCAAUCACAACAAUUGCUAUUUGCCUCAAGAAGAUGACAAUUGUUACUCUGAUCUGGUA